AGACAGGCCCCAGGCCGCAGGGCGGAGCGAGGCUGCCCUCAAGCUGCAAGUGGGCGCCUGGGCCCAGGCUCUCGUGGCUGUGGACGGGACCGAGCGGGAUGUUGUUCGCCGGGCUUGUGAUGUGGAGCGAGAGACGGGCACUGGCGGUGUGAGCCGGAGCCCAGACCGAUCUCGGUGUGAGAGGAGGAGGCGGUGGCCGUGGCCGGGAGGAGGACGGGGUUCGGGGAGGAAAAUGGCGGGGAGCUGCGCCAACUUGACGGCGGCGUCGGCGGCAGCGGCCGGGGAGAUCAUCCAGCUCAACGUGGGCGGUACCAGAUUCAGCACCUCCAGACAAACACUAAUGUGGAUUCCAGACUCCUUUUUCUCGAGCUUGCUGAGUGGGAGAAUUUCAACACUACGAGAUGAAACUGGAGCAAUAUUUAUUGAUAGAGAUCCUACAGCAUUUGCACCAAUUCUGAACUUUCUUCGAACAAAAGAAUUAGAUUUAAGGGGAGUAAACAUCAAUGUUCUGAGACAUGAGGCAGAAUUUUAUGGGAUUACUCCUUUAGUUCGUCGUCUGUUGCUGUGUGAAGAACUUGAGAGGUCAUCUUGUGGCAGUGUCCUCUUCCACGGCUAUCUGCCACCUCCAGCUAUUCCCAGUAGAAAAGGAAGUAUUGGAGUGCCCGGUCCCUCACAGGAGAGUAAAGCUGGACAAAGCACAGCAGAAGGUACAAGUCGCUCAAAUACAGCUCCUUCUGUGUCUGCUGGAGUCAUCUCAACCGAAGGGUCUGCCAGAUUAGGCACAGUGGUGGACCCCCGGAAAGUUCUUAUAGUAGCUGGUCAUCACAACUGGAUUGUUGUAGCUUAUGCACACUUCGUGGUUUGUUACAGAAUUAAAGAGUCCUCUGGAUGGCAGCAGGUUUUUACGAGUCCGUAUUUAGACUGGACAAUAGAGCGAGUAGCAGUUAAUGCUAAAGUUGUUGGAGGACCUUUUGGUGAUAAAGACAAGAUGGUAGCUGUGGCAUCUGAAAGUAGUAUAAUCCUGUGGAGCAUUCAGGAUGGAGGAAGUGGCAAUGAAAUAGGUGUGUUUAGUCUUGGAGUUCCAGUGGAUGCACUCUUCUUUAUUGGGAAUCAGCUGGUUGCAACCAGUCAUACUGGAAAAGUAGGAGUGUGGAAUGCGGUCACUCAACACUGGCAGGUGCAGGAGGUUGUUCCUAUCACCAGCUGCGACACUGCGGGAACAUUCCUUCUGCUGGGCUGUAACAAUGGAUCGAUAUAUUACAUAGACAUGCAGAAGUUCCCAUUAAGGAUGAAGGAUAAUGAUCUUCUGGUUACGGAGCUUUAUCAUGAUCCAUCAAAUGAUGCCAUCACUGCGUUAAGUGUGUACCUUACUCCAAAGACAAGUGUCAGUGGCAAUUGGAUUGAGAUUGCAUAUGGAACCAGUUCUGGUGCAGUGCGUGUAAUAGUCCAACAUCCUGAAACUGUAGGGUCAGGUCCCCAACUCUUCCAGACCUUCACAGUUCACCGAAGCCCAGUAACUAAAAUCAUGCUGUCUGAAAAAUAUCUGGUGUCUGUGUGUGCUGAUAAUAACCACGUGAGAACUUGGACAGUUACUCGUUUCAGAGGCAUGAUCUCCACUCAGCCAGGUUCCACUCCACUAGCUUCAUUCAAAAUACUUUCAUUAGAGGAGACAGAGAGUCAUGGAAGCUAUGCAGCUGGAAAUGAUAUAGGACCAUUUGGGGAGAGAGAUGACCAACAGGUUUUCAUCCAGAAAGUUGUUCCAGUUACUAACAAGUUGUUUGUUCGCUUGUCCUCUACAGGGAAAAGGAUUUGUGAGAUCCAGGCAGUAGAUGGCAUGACAAUAACUGCAUUUACUGUGAGGGAAUGUGAAGGUUCGAGUCGAAUGGGUUCUCGACCAAGGAGGUAUCUCUUCACAGGCCAUGGAAAUGGAAGCAUUCAGAUGUGGGACUUGACGACUGCUAUGGACAUGGUAAACAAAAAGGAAGAGAAGGAUGUUGGAGGCCCCACGGAAGAAGAGCUGCUGAAGUUGCUGGAUCAGUGUGAUCUAAGCACAUCCCGCUGUGCUACUCCCAACAUCAGUCCAGCUGCCUCACUAGUACAGCAUACUAAACUGCGGGAGUCAAACUCAAGUCUUCAGCUUCAAACUACUGAUACUCUUCAUGAAACUGCAACAUAUGGUUCUGUUAGACCAUAUAGGGAGAGCCCACUGCUUGCAAGAGCAAGGCGUACAGAAAGCUUUCACAGUUAUCGAGACUUCCAGCCAUUUACAUUCAGUAAAAAUGUAUUGGAUAAAGGAAGCAUUGCUUCGGAAUGUGAUUCUUCAAUACAGACAGAAGGUGAGCUAAAAGGAAAGAAACUUGGAGCCACUGAAUGUAGCACUAAUGACAGGAAGAGUCAGGUGACUGACACACGAGCAAGAAGUCUGGAUGGAGCGCCAGAGAUUCUGAAAGCAGGUGAGAGUCUGACUGACUUCAAGAAAAAGGGGCAGGAUGAAGAAACUGAUAAAGUUGAAAACAAGAAGAAAAAUACUUUUGAAGGAGGGUUUCUGAGCAGGAAAAAGACUGUUGUAGCUCAGCCGUUGGCAUCAUGCCCAAAUGGUCCUGAAACGGGCAGUGAGCCACAUGGUGCACCCUCACAAUCACCAACAAAAGGAGCCACUUCUCCUCGCCACAAGAAGGUUGAGGUUUCCUGUCAGGACCACAGUUUGUGAGUCACUACAAAGAGCUUGGAUUUUAAUUGACAGAAACCAUAUAAUGCUACAGUAUUCACAUGCAAAUAAUUUGUUACACUAACUUCUAUUUCCAGUUCAAAGAAUUACUACAAUUUUUUUGUCAGUAUUAAUUGUUUUUUAAUAUUUUUAUUUUGUUGCAUUACAGCAUUUUAGUAUACACUAAGCACCAGCAUAAGCAUUAUGAAAACUGACACAAGGUGUCUGCUCCCUAAUAACUGAGCCUGUUGAAAUUUAUUUUUUUUGUCAAUGCCUCAAUUAUCUGGCUUCUGUUGUAAUACGCACUAAUUUUUAUAUACUGUUUGUGCAACAAAUUUUCAGUCUUGUAGGUAUAUUGAAGUUGUAAAAUCCCAUUCUAAUGGUUUUUAUUCAUUGUUUGAUCUGGAGGGCUUCAAAAUGCAUUUAUUCAAAUACACAUGGGCAAAAACUUAAGACCUGAUUGAGAGGUAUUGAAGCAAAAAAAAGCAACUAUCUAUAGAAUACAUUACCUAAAAGAUUUCCAAGUCAAAAAUGCUACAAACAUGAAUGAGUUACCUUGCAAAGAAAAAAGAUCACAAGUGAAAUAUUUAAUGCAGCAUUGCUUUUAUUGAAUGACCUAUAUUUAACUAUAGAACGAGUGGUACAGACUUAACUCAUCAUAGAGCUUAUUUUUUAUUUGCCUGCAGCAUACUGUCUCAUGCUGACUGAAUUAGCAAUAACACCAGUGGAAUUUAUACGAAGGCAUUUUGGAUUAGACAAUUCUCUUAAAUACAACAUUGUACUGAGAGUAUAGAAUAAAACCAACUGGAGAUCUUAACCAAAUGAUAUAUGGUUUGACAGUAUCAGCAACUAACUAUUCUAACAAUGGGGAGAAAAUAACUCCUUUGUAGAGGCAUUACUUGUACUUAGACUUUCCCAAUCAAUAUGGUUAGUAUGAAGGUGUUUUUGGUACAGGUCCAAAUGGGAACUUCUCAUUUCCAUCAUUCAAAUGAAACCUCAUCUUUCUGCUUAGGAGGAUGAUUGCUGUGCAAUCUGUUCAGUGCAUGGAAAAAAUGUCCAGCAUAUCAUUUGCACAAGACAAACAAUUGAUUAACCAUUUUUUUUUUAAAAAGUUAAUAUACCUUUCAAAAUUUAGACACUUAAGUCAAACUUGAUAGAUACUUAAUAGCCCUGCUUACUACAAGCUUUGUUGGUCCCUGGUAUUUAGUUGAGACUAAACAAUUAUUUAGUUGGUAUGAUCAGAGAGCCUAAUACAUUUGAAAAAUAUAGGAUAAAAUUUGGACCAUUUCAUCACAUACCCCUACCAGUUACUUGAACUCAAAACACAAUACUAGCCAAUUAACCAUUCACUCAUGAUACCGUUUUAUCCUGCUUGACUAUUUCAAAAAAUGUGAUUCUUGUGGUGCAGUGGUAGUGUCCCUACCUUUGAACUGGAAGACUUAGGAGUCAAGUUCCACCUGCUCCAGAAGUGCUCUGAACACACUGAUUAGAAAACACUGAUGUGACAAAAUAUCCAAAAUUACUGCUUCAUGUAAAUAAAUCCUUUUGCUUGGAGAUGGGUUGAGAUCAGGACAACAGAUAAUAACAAUCCACUGCAUGUAAAACUGAAACAUUUUGUACUGCACCUGAAUGGGCUAGACUGUUUGUGUACGUACGGCAAAAUGAGCCUGUUGGCAGAGUUCUACCUCUCUGCUAUUCCAGAGGAAGCAGUCAAAGUCUCAGCAAGGAAGCUGAUCAGUUUUACCUUAUCAAAGUCUGCAUAGAUGAUGAUUUUUGACAUACUUAAAAACUAUUUGGGCAGUUCUGCCUCUUUGAGUGUUCUCACUUCCAAGUUUUAUCAUCAUCCUGCUAACUUUCUAAUAUCACAACCAAAGUGGGAAUUCCAUUUCUCAAGUGGGUUUGGCAUCUCUGUUAGAAAAUACCAUAAGAAAUAAUUGCUGGUAACCAAAAGUUCCUGCAGUGCAAUUUAGUACUUCAGAUGCGAACUAAGAAUGUUCUGGUGUGUCUGCCUAUGAAUUGUUCUAUGACACCAAUGAUUGAUUAAUCAACAUUUUCAAAAGCAGUUUGCACAGCUCUGCACCGAAGAACUUAGUUCACAUGAGAUUGUGUAACUACAGAAUUUUGUAGCUAUUGCACUACAUAUCUUGUUUCACUGUAACAGAUUCUAAUGAUCAAUUAAAAAUAACUUGUUAAACAAUAAUGUA